AUGCAGGCCUACUACGGAGUGCCUUCCGCCACACAAAUGAGCGGCUGUUUACCUCGCUCGGGUCGCGUCUGCAAUGGUGUAGGAAACUGUACGUUCGGGAGAAGAGAGGCGCGUGCAACGACGCCUGCUGUUCGUUCCCGAUCUGUGAAGUCGGCCAGUGCGGAGAGUUCGUCAAGUACCAUCAGUCGCCGUCAGCAGUCCCACUCGCCUCUCCCAUGCAAACAUAGGAAUUCGUUUCCACGCAGGUCACCACAAAAGAAGGACCGGAAAGAUUUGCUUGUAGAGGUGUUAGACCGCAUUUCUCUCCUCCUCGCGAAAGUAAAUGGCUCUGACGGCGUCAGUAGCAUUGGUGUGGAUACCCCCGAAACAUGUUCAGGGAAAGCACCAGCGCAAAAAGGAAUGGUGCAUUGUUCCAGCUGUUGUCCGAAACAAACAGUUACCUGCGCUGCUCCACGUGUCAAGACUCGUGUAGUGUUAGACGUGUGUCAGAAUUCAGCUCGGGCAUCUUUGAGGCAGGACGAAGAUUUCCAUAUGCAGCAAAAAAAUUGUGGAGUUUCAGAUCAAAGAUCCAGUGAGGCUCCCGGCCCUGCAACGCCUCCGAGGGACUUUCCAUCAGCUCCCUCGUCGUCGGCAGAAAGAAACUCUACACUGCUGAGCCCGCAAAAAAAUCGAAUUAUACCAAAAACCUGUCCGAACUGCGUUGCCGAGGGAGCCGCAAAAGCCGAGCAGGUAGCAACAGACCAGGAGCGCAGCGUUGCCAGGGGCUCAUCUCCUUGCCUCCAUCGGCGGCCAGUCAGCAGCAGAUCUCUACCGCAGCGCACAGCUCCUGAUGAUCUUGCUCGGGUCUCUUGGCUUGAAACUGGCCUCAAAAAACUGGUACAGGCAGAAGCAGAGCAAACGAAAAGGCUUCUCGAUGAUUGCCGGGAGCAGCUGGCGGCGAGGGAAGAUGCACUCAACAGAAAAGUCCUGUGUCAAGCCGCAGUCGCCAACCAACUUACAGCUUCUCCGUGCUGUGUACAGAAGAAAGUCACCUGCUGUGAUACAGCUGCAUUGCGAAAAGCCGCCUUAGUAGGGAACAGGGCUCGUCACCAGGCGGCUAUGCUUCAGGUGGCAACCCGGCAACUCGAAGAGGAAAUUAGGAAUCUGAAAAGACGAAUGACGACUCUAUCUACCAGACUGACACAGCAGAAUACGGUCAUUGCGGAUCGAGAAGCUCAGCUUAAGAAGGCAGAGAAGCAGCUCAAUCGGGAACGUCAAGUGUCCUCGCGGCUGCGCCGGUUCUAUAUGCAGACCUCACAUCGAAACAAGCAUUUGAUGAGUGAAAACAACGCCUUAGAGGAGACGUUGCUGGAUUUGGAACUAAAGCUGUGUCGGCCUCAAACGCUUUGGGCACUCGCGGAUCGCGGCCCUCUCGCGCCCUCCCGUACGGGAAAUUCGAUCCACACGCAGAGUGGCAGCCAAAGAGAGCCAACGGCGGCAGAUGCUCUUGCGCAAGCCUUGCUGAAAGAAAAAGAAGUGACUCAGCGUAUGCAGGCAAACCUUGACAGGCACACGGAACGUUUACUCGUGGACAUUGCCCGGAGAUCUCACACCAAGUGCCCCAUUGCUCAGCAGCGAGGAUGUCGAGAUGCAAGACCUAGCUCGGGAAUAAGUGUUGAGGCAAACGUAUCUGGUUUUCGAACUUAUCAGUACAAGCGACCUUGGAAGUCUGCGUGUGUGGAAUCAACUUCGAAGAGAGUUUCUCGUUCGUGUGAUUCCGUGUGUCCAUCCGCACGUUCUGAUGGUGAAGACGGGCAGGGGCGCAAGUCGUGUCUAAAACGCGUUUUGACUAAUCGCGCGCAAAAAGACAAUAAGAUGAUGCAACCGUUAGAUGGGCAGCACAUCUGUCGUUCUUUCCGAUCGCCAUGUAACGCCACCAGACCUAGCAGGAGAAGCCCCAGCUGUGAUAAAAAGAGCCCUUCGGGAGUGAAUCCGCUGAAGAACAAGGCCCAGUUUACCCAUCAGCUUUGCCGGGGUUGUGCGGCAGACGGUUGUGAACAGGAUCAAGACGCCACAAACGAUGAGAUCCGCGUUUCAGGACGGGGUUGGCCCAGUUCGUGCGAAGGAAACUCACCUGGGACCAGCGAAGUUCAAGUAUCGAUUCGGACACCUCGGAAUGUCAUUCAUGCUUGUGCUACAGUCUCACCCGCCAGCACGGCCGCGGUCCCUGUUGAUGGGUGUUGUGAAGAGGAAGAGCUCAGCGAAGCUGACUGCCGGCAGAGCUGUGGUCCACCCUCUGCUCAGCCAGCCUGCAUCCCCGACUCAAAGCCUCGUCAACGUUCACUUCCAAGAGAAAAAUGUUGCAGUCGAGCACUUUCUCCCCUGGAAGAUCCGAAUCCGAAUCAUGGGGACUUCGCAUUGGACGAAGCAAGGCCUUGCUGUGCUCUGUCGUUCGAGGAACUGCAACCCGUUUGUUCUCCUUUGACCUCCAUCUCCAGCACCGGUAAUGCGGCCUGCUCCGUUCCGACCCUGUUCCACGAAAGACGGCCACACGAGCCAUGCACUCUCCCCUCAGACGACCCUUGCAGGUCUCUAUCUGUGCACGCUCCUCGUCAACAACUACCUGCCUCUGAUGGUCCCUCUGCCUCAAUGCAAACUUCUCGGCCGCCGAGCCCCGCAACACGCACGCCGUCCCCCAGACUUCGCGACAACUCCUCUCGAGGACAAAGGCUUCGGACUUCGUCUCCAGAACCUGAGGGACAGAGAGAAAACCGAGCAGAUGGCGACUCGACGGCAGGCCUAGGAGCGACACAUCCGUGCGGUACCCGUUUUAUGCGAACUCCAGUGUGGAACACCGCCAGCCAAGAUUCGCUGUUGCCUUCGUCGAAGACCCCCCCUUCGAGUUCACUAUCUGAGGGCAUGGGCUCUCACCAAUACCACCCCCGGUCCGGCAAUCCUCUGCUGUUCCCUCCCCGACUCGGCGCAAGGCUUCAAAGCAGCGAUCUCGUGUCGAGCUGGAGCACGCCUGGCUCUUCAUUGUCUUCAGUUGAUUCUUCAAGCGUGGAACGCGGAUCCGGAGGCACAGAUCUCCCCUGUGUUAGUGGAAGUUCUAUUUCGUGCCUCGAUGCUUGUCGGUGCUUCCAACAGACACAUGACCACAGAUGCUGCGGAGUUCCUGCAACAAGAUCCUGCAGGCCUUGCGCUUGCGAGACUUCCAGUUGCCCGGCAACUGUAGCAGCGCUUGCAGCUCAUCGGAUGGACCGACCACACAGAGGCACCUGUUUCCAUAACUCAUGUUGCUGCGGUUGCAGCCAGCUACGAAAUAAGGGAGGUCCUGUCAUUGGUAGCACGGCCUGGGGCUGUCACAGUUCCUCUGGCCAGGCUAGCUUUCCAUCAGAGCCUUCGUCGUCUAUCUGCGGUAACGAUACCGCGGUACAAUUGAUGCCUUGUUCAUGCCCCGUUCUGCUGUCGUGCCCGGCACCCAGUCAACGGUGUAGCAGAAAGGAGGGAAAUGCCCUCGAGGGUUGUGUCUCCUGGGCACUGCCCCCCCAGGGGCAACUGUCGUUGGAGUCCGAAACUUAG